AUGCUAAUUUUGAGGCUUUCCGGCCUUCUUCUCUGCGCAUUUGUCUCAUUUUCCCAACAAUUGGGUGCGUUUUUCAUUUUGUGACCGUCGCCACGAACAACAACAAGUUCAGAAUGUUCACAAAUUGCCACAAAUGAUCAGGUAGCCGGAAGAAUUCUGAAAAUUCCCAACAAUGCGGACAAUCCGGUGAACAUGACGCCGAAUUUCAAUUGUACCUACACGGUUUGCACUUUUUCCCCUCAAAAAUGCCAAAAACUAUUGUGAGCCCGCUGUUUUUCACAGAUCAGACCGCCCGGAAUGGUGUCCGCACAAAUCAGAGUGACGAAUGUGCUGAACGGAGUCGAUGACGUGAUCAGUGUGACCGAUGGACUGGCCCACAAGACUGUUAUCAAUAGGUGAGUCAGACACGGAAAAGUUUGAUAUUUGGGGUUGGAAAAACAAGUGUUAAGAUGGCAACAAGUUGUCAGCUGAUAAAAUGUUCAUUAAGAAAUUGGGCACAUUUUAUUAGUUGACAAUUUUUUGACAUCUCUUCAGACCGCUGACGAUAUAGCCUUUUGAAUAAACGGAUUACAGUGUAUGCACUAGUGAAGUACUUGAUAUUGACCCCUAACUCGUGAAAUCAAACACUCAUUGAACUAAUUCUUGCGAAUUACGGUUUCAUGAAUUACGGUUUUUCGUACGUGCAAAUGUGGUAUCAAAGAAAACGCAUCGACAUCUUUUGAAAUAAACAUUACGAAACCGUAAUGAUGUAAAAGUAGUUCAGAUUACAGUUUCGUAAAGUUGGUGUAAAGUUGACAAUAUGCGCGUGUUUUAAUUGAGUGCAUAUUGCCCAGCAUCGAUUUAGCCUUCCAAUUCCAAAAAUUCCCACUUUAUUCCAGAAACUCUGACUCUUCCGUCGUGUUUUACGUGUUCCCGCAGACGGAAACGAAUGUGAAUGUGGUCGGCGGGAACGGAAACACCUCGUCGUUCCUCUUGACCAUCACCUAUUCUUCACGUUAGUUCUGAUUCAACGAAUUUUUCAAGUAUUGUGUGCUCUUCUUUGACAUGCUUUCGAAACUGAACUUAUUCUCUGUUAGUAAGCUUUAAAAAAAAACGUUGUUAUCUUGGUGGGCACGGUCUCCAGAGCUGACAAUGGGCGCAAGUGCGCGAAAUUCAAAUUUUAACAGCAAAAUGCGUGUUUUUUGCCAGAUUAGCCACGAAAAACCGAUAAUUUCUGAUUUUUCUCUCGAUAGACCGAUUGUAUAGGCUAUUACGAAUUUUUUAAGCGCAAGAGCGUCAAAUUUGGUCAAGUUUGAAGGUUUUUCGCUAAAACUGCGUGAAUUUCAGUUGCUUUUCGGUAAUUUUCGCGGUUCGAGCGCUCAAAAUGCUUGUAUUUACGUGAUUUAUCAUUCACAAAACCAAUUCUGUCUGAAAACGAUCAAUAAAGCGCAAAAUGAAAAGUGCGGUUUUUAGGAAAACCAAAAAAAGUUUCGAAAAAGCGAAAUCCGCGAAAAAUGCGCCAAAACUUCAUUAAUUCUGUGAGAAUUAGUGUGUUUUCAUGUCGAACAAUCAUUUUUCAUCGCCGUUCACCACAGAAAUCAGCGUAAACGAUAUUUGACCGAGGCCACGCCCAUAUUUUCAGCUCUGGAGACCGUGGUGGGCCAUAUCCUUACUGAGAGACACUUGUGAAGCAGUAAUAAUCCACAAUAUCACUUUUGACUGAAAAGCGGGCAUUUUCGGCCAAUUUUCAGCCAAAGUAGGCUGUAACUUUCAGUGUAUUAAAAAAAAAUAAAGGGCUGUACCGAUUAGUGUAUUCCUUAACUUUAUCAUUAAUUUGUAAAGUUUGUGAAACCGUAAUUGUUCAGUGCCAACUGCGACCCAAAAACAACUGCAAAAGGACCAGAAUCUCAACUACUUCCUGCUGAAUUCUCUUCAAAACCAGCCGAUUACAGUGUCUUCGGAUGAAAAGGUCAGUUGCCUUUUUUGCUUUACCCGCUCACCUAACUCUCAUCCAGAUCACCGUGACAGUGGCCCGUUCCGGCCACAUCACUGACGUUUUCGACAACUAUUUCGUGGUGGACGGCGAUUUUUCGUCGUCGAAAUCAUCAGUGAAUCGUCUCGUGGAUUUCGAGACUGUCAACUUUGUGUCGACUGGAAAUUCGCUCACAAUCGUCGGAUUGGACAAUGCCACUUCGUACGCUUCCGUCAUUUUCACGCCCACCUCGGCGACUGCAGGCUAUUCAAAGUUCGCGGGGAUUACGGUAGCAGCCGGACAGACGAGUACGGUGUCUGUGAAGGCGUCGGAUGGACAGAAGGCGGCGGUGAUCGUGGUGGCCAAGGAUCAGCGACAGUUGGUGCUGGAUCGGCUCGAGUUUCCGGUUGGUUACACUCAAAGUUUUCAAUUUACAAAAGUGCUAAUAUUUUGUAUAUUUUUGAACGGGAAAUGUAAAGAAUGUAUGGAACAGAACAUGUUUAUCGAUAGAUUUUCAACUUGCAGGCGUCGGACUCUUGCACCGUGAGCUCAGGGACCGGCUCCCCGAACUCUUACUCCAAAAAGCUCAUCGAUUUCUCCUCGGACCCCUAUUCGCUCCCUCAACUCUUCCCUUAUCCAUACUUUUCGAUAAUCGUCGAAAAUUGCGAUGCACAAUUCCAUCUGACAACUGACACUCCCUCGAACUACUACAAUAUCAGCCAGGAGAAGGCCGGAUUCAUCUUUUCGCCCAGUUAUUUCAAUUUGAACGAGAACGCGGAUUUCAAUGUCACUUUUGGUAAGGGUUGUAUCUCAGCUGCCGGUGGAGAUAUCGAAAAGUUGUCAACUGAACAAUUGUGCACAAUUUCUUAAUGAACAUUUGAUCAGUUGACAACUUUUCAAUACCUUUGCUCGUAGACGAGCUGUAUCGUUUUUAGUGUACACUGGCGACGAUUCGAAGCAAUUCGUCGUCGAUGUUGACGGAGUGACCGUGAAUUCGAAUGGCAAAUUGGACAUAGAUAUAUACGAUUCGGAGUGGAGAAAGACUCUGAGCACUGUGUAAGUUUGUGUUGGUCUUCAUCGUUACCGUUUCCGCGCAUUCCUAAAUUAUCCGAAAAUCAGCUUCAUUUAUUAACCCGUGCAGAUCAAAUUACUUGCAGAAUAACCGGAAAUCAAGAGGGAACACGUUCCAAGGCCUCCGGAUCCUAUCUAAAUGUUCAAAUGUCUGGAAAUGGUACCGCCCGACUCAUUUAUCAACUCACUUCUUCUAGUUUCUCACGUUUCGGUACGUUUUUAAGAGCCAUUUCACUCUUUUCCUCUAACAUUUUGAUUUUCAGGCGUUCCCGCCCUCGCUCUUACGAUCUCGUUUAUGGUUUUAACUCGCAUUCAAUAA